UAUUGCGUUAGGAAGCUUCAUGGGCUACCAUAAAUAUGGCUUUGGGGGGUCUUUUAAGCGUGUGAAGUUGGCUUGAGAAGAGUGGGUAUUGAGUUACAGUAUCUCUACAGCAACCAAAUACUGCGCGGAGGAAAUGGAUGUCCCAGUGAUCAACCUUGGAGAGAUCGAUGGAGAAAAGAAAAGCAAAACAAUGUCACUUCUCCAUGAGGCAUGCGAGAAGUGGGGGUUCUUUUGGCUCGAGAACCAUGGGAUUGAUGAGAGUCUGAUGGACAAGGUCAAGGGACUGGUGAACCAGCACUAUGAGGAGAGCAUGAAGGUGAGCUUCUACAGCUCAGAUCUGGCAAAAGAAUUGGGAUGCCAUAUCAAAGCCUCUGAAGUUGACUGGGAGAGCAGCUUCUUCUAUCGCCAUCAGCCGGACUCGAACAUCGACGACAUUCCUGAACUACUUCGCGAAGCAAUGCAGGAAUAUGUUGAACAAUCGAUCAAGUUGGCCGAAAAACUUGCAGCACUUCUAAGUGAGAACCUUGGAUUGGAAAAAGAUUACUUGAAGAAGGCAUUCUCGGAGCCUUUUGUUGGGACAAAGGUGGCAAAGUAUCCAACAUGCCCUCAUCCAGAGCUGGUAAUGGGCCUUCGACGCCAUACUGAUGCUGGUGGAAUCAUCCUAUUGCUUCAGGAUGACGAGGUCCCUGGUCUUGAGUUCUUGAAGGAUGGGGAGUGGGCACCAAUACCUCCAACAAAAGGUUAUAGAAUCUUUGCGAACCUGGGUGAUCAAGUGGAAGUGGUGAGCAAUGGGAUUUACAAGAGUGUUCAGCAUCACAUCCAUGCUAACAAAAAUGGGAGCCGAUUAUCUAUUGUUACAUUCUAUAAUCCGGGGCCUAAUGCUAUCAUUUGCCCAGCCCCAAAACUCGUUUAUCCAAGUUGCUACCGUUUCCAAGACUACCUCAAUUACUAUACCACCACCAAGUUUUCAGACAAGCUAGCUCGGUUCCAAACCAUAAAGGAAAUGCUUGCGCCAUCACAGUAGCAGGACUGCUUGCUUCUACUACUAAAUAAGAAAUGCUUCCUCCUGAAGUCUGUUGUGAUCCGUAACUGCUGAAGGAUAUCUGUAAAGCUUUGUGUGUUUAAUAUGUCAGUGUGCCAUAUGUAGUAUGGAUUCUGCUUUUGUUACAGUAUGUUGUUUUUGAGUUAACAAUCCAUGGACAGCAUCUUAUUUUA